CGUCGGUGCGGCGGUGAAGGGUGUAGGGCGGCUGUGCGGCGGAGGGCGGCCUAAUUAAAGGAUAUAGAUUACAGAUCUGGACGAAGAUCUGAAGUGGUUGUUCUACAUGAGGCCGCAGUAGUGUUGUAGAGGGCGCUGGUUGCGAUGAUGAGGAACUACGGCGUUGGAUUAGUUGUUGGUGGUCACAUCGGAUGAGAUGGCGGUGAUGGGCGGUGGCAGCGGAGAUGGCGGCGGCGGCGCUUGUGACGCCGGAGAUGGUGGCGGAUGCACAAAUGCGUCGGCGCCGGAGAUGGUGGUGGUGCUAGUGGCACUGGAGAUGACGAUUGUGUUGUAUGAGCUAGGCAUGUGUCGUUGGCUGGAGUUGGAGACUGUUCUAAUUAUCAAAAAAGAAAUUAACUUUAAUUUUUCAUUAAGGGAACAAUUUCAAGAGAUCGUGAACGAUAAAGCCUUUAACAAGAGCCAGGCGAAGAGCUCUUCCUGGAGAAGCCCUAUCUUCGAUACUAUUGACGAUGAGACCGUCGUGGGUGAGAUUGGCC